GACUCAGGAGUACGGGAGGAGGGGCUAAGAAUUCAAGAAGCCUGUGUGAGAGCAGCUCGGCGCUCCGGCACAGCAGAGAGCGCUGGGAGCCGGAGGGGAGCGCAGCGAGUUUUGGCCAGUGGUCGUGCAGUCCAAGGGGCUGGAUGGCAUGCUGGACCCAAGCUCAGCUCAGCGUCCGGACCCAAUAACAGUUUUACCAAGGGAGCAGCUUUCUAUCCUGGCCACACUGAGGUGCAUAGCGUAAUGUCCAUGUUGUUCUACACUCUGAUCACAGCUUUUCUGAUCGGCACACAGGCGGAACCACACUCAGAGAGCAAUGUCCCUGCAGGACACACCAUCCCCCAAGCCCACUGGACUAAACUUCAGCAUUCCCUUGACACUGCCCUUCGCAGAGCCCGCAGCGCCCCGGCAGCAGCGAUAGCUGCACGUGUGGCAGGGCAGACCCGCAACAUUACUGUGGACCCCAGGCUGUUUAAAAAGCGGCGACUCCGUUCACCCCGUGUGCUGUUUAGCACCCAGCCCCCACCUGAAGCUGCAGACACUCAGGAUCUGGACUUCGAGGUCGGUGGUGCUGCCCCCUUCAACAGGACUCACAGGAGCAAGCGGUCAUCAUCCCAUCCCAUCUUCCACAGGGGCGAAUUCUCGGUGUGUGACAGUGUCAGCGUGUGGGUUGGGGAUAAGACCACCGCCACAGACAUCAAGGGCAAGGAGGUGAUGGUGUUGGGAGAGGUGAACAUUAACAACAGUGUAUUCAAACAGUACUUUUUUGAGACCAAGUGCCGGGACCCAAAUCCCGUUGACAGCGGGUGCCGGGGCAUUGACUCAAAGCACUGGAACUCAUAUUGUACCACGACUCACACCUUUGUCAAGGCGCUGACCAUGGAUGGCAAGCAGGCUGCCUGGCGGUUUAUCCGGAUAGAUACGGCCUGUGUGUGUGUGCUCAGCAGGAAGGCUGUGAGAAGAGCCUGACCUGCCGACACGCUCCCUCCCCCUGCCCCUUCUACACUCUCCUGGGCCCCUCCCUACCUCAACCUGUAAAUUAUUUUAAAUUAUAAGGACUGCAUGGUAAUUUAUAGUUUAUACAGUUUUAAAGAAUCAUUAUUUAUUAAAUUUUUGGAAGCA